UCAGGCUGGCAGAAGAUGAAAAUGAUCUCGUAGGUAUGCACUAAUCUGUGCCACAGAGUCAAAAGGGCUACAUCCACAAAGAGUAAAACGCACUCAGCAGUGAGAAAGGUGCUUGCCUGAGCUCUUUUGAAGCGUCGUGCGUGAUUCGAGCCCAACGAAGGCUUUGGACACCCACGUCCAACCAGGCAGGGCUCUCAGCCUCAAAUCCAAGGCGAUGCACACGGACCGCACUCCGCUUCUGGACGAAGUCGAACCAUUCGACGGCGAGGGAACUGAAGCGGGCCUCUAACAGCCUUCGUCCCCUGCCCCACAACAGGCGGCUUCGAUGGCCAGUGUAAGUGUAGACUCUGCUGCAGUUCAGGUCGGACAUGGCGUGGCUGAUUGCGGACCCUCGCGUGGCAGUCAAGGCGGCGGAAGUGGCGGAGAGGACACAUUGCGGGACGCUCCGAGCCCCUCUUCUCGAUCAGUGGCUCCUCUCAUGGAACCAGAAGGUGAUCGAGCAUAUCCGAGGAGCCGUCCACAAGCCCUGCGUAGGCGAAUCUCGCACAUCUUCUCCAUCUCGCGGUACUCGCCGACGCUCCUGCUCAUCACGCUGCUCAACCUGACCGUGCUGCUCCUGCUUCUGCUCUUCUGGCGCCAGAAGAUCGUCCACCACUCGUCGAAGAUAAUUUGAGUUCGACCUCUAUUAAUGUGUGUCUCACUUUUCGGAGUGGAAAAACGCCUCUAGCGCUAUACCAGUACAAUGAGAAGCCCUAAUAUUUGCGGACGAGUGGCCAGUGCAAUUAUAUUUGGUAACUUGCAGAAUUUAAAAAAAAAUUCCCAACUUGAAAUUCUGAAGAUCAGACUGUUGAGCUAUCUGGUACUUCAGGACUUGAGGUAAAGUGAAACAGAGCGCGUAGGGCAUCACCACUUCUUUUCUUCUACGUGCUCACUUUCGCUUUACCUCAAAUCAGGAAAUUCAGAUUUGCGGUAUAUCAAUGACUGAACAAUAUAUGUCGAUAAAAAAGAUAUCGACACCCUCACCAAGCACUUUAGAUCUUCAGAGUUUUCACAUAUGCACCUUGCUCGUGUCCAAAUGCCUGGAUGGUUGGUUCACACAAUUAUUUGAUCAGGGAAACUCAUGAUUUAUUGGGAAUAAUGUAUUUACGCUCCUAUUUUGAUCAUGUGCCAAGAAUUUGCCCACUGCAGUAAAAAUACUUGCUUUUUGUUCUGGUAUAUAUUAACAGAGGUCCCACCCUUGCAGUUUUUCGCUUUGAGAAUUGUAUAUGAUCAGUAACAAAAUAACGUUGCACUAUGUGCAUUAUAUAAAACUAAGUUAAACUUCAAUGACCUUAACCUUAAGAUCCUCUUGAAACGAGGUUGCCGUGAAUGUUUAUAAGAACUUUCGAAUGCGUCGAGGGCAGUUUGUGGAGCGGAUGGUGCACCUCUUUGUAACUGGACCUGAAUCACUGAGACUACUUCACCAUGUGGUCUCUUCACUCAAAUUCUCAUAGUAUAGGAGGAGCCAGUAAUAAAGUGUAUGGCCA